AUGACGUCCAACAUCUUUUCUCGGUUUGCCCCAUCCGGCCGGGGAGAUAGGCCGUUCUUCGAAGAGCUGGGGGACGAAGAGGGCGAUGGAAACAGACUAGAUGAAGAACAGAGAUCCGGGCUUGCCCUGGAUGAGGACAACUUGAACCAGCAGUUCCAAGACUACGAUCUCGAGCAUGCAGAAGGACUGGGCAUGGGCGACAGCCGGGCCACGAUCGCAAGCGCUGCCGGACCAGCGAUUAUGGGGGCUGCAGCUAUGCGGUCGCAUGGACAGCCGCGGCGGAACGAUUCCCGACCACGGUGGGCGGUCCCUGGCGCAGAAGAUGACGGCGAUAACGAUGACGUGCCAGGCUCGCUGCUCGUGGAAGCACAUGGCCCUGGCCAGGCGCCUCUGCCACCGCUGCUCAAGGCGGCACCUCUUCGAUCCAACGUGCCCAAAAAGGGGACCGGCCCGGCAAAGGCAGGUGCUGGGGCUGUUUCCGGUGCGGCGACGAAGAGAAACCGGGUGUUGUGGGAUGCGGCCCAGAACCAGCAGCGUCUGCACAAUGACGAGCCUGCCGGAGCGGAUAGAUUUGGUGCGAGCGAAGUCCGGGGCGACAGCCAAUUGGCGGAGGCCAGCACAGCCGGGCCGGGAAAUGCUCUGCUGUCAUACUUUAAGGCAAGUGGCGGCCGACGAGGCGGGAUUCCGCACGAUAUAGCUAUGUGGAGAUGGGUCAAUGUUACGAAUCUCGACAACUUUAUCCGCGACGUCUACGAUUACCACCGUGCCUGCGGCUUGCGGUGUAUUCUUAUGGAACGGCUCCUCCAUCUUGUGAAUGUUGCCUUCGUGGCCGUCUUCUUGACGUUUCUGACCCAGUGCCUGGACUACUCAAAGAUCCGCGGGAGCACAGAGAUGGAUCAGAUUCUGGUUCCCCAGUGCACAAGGAACAUGUCCUGGAUUUGGAACAUUGGGCUGUGGCUCUUUGCCUUCUACUUUAUUUGGAAGACAAUGCAGUUUUUCAUCUUUGAUAUGCGGCGUCUGCUCAAUUUGCGAGACUUUUUCGUCUAUCUUCUGCAGAUACCUGAACACGACAUGCAGACGGUCUCGUGGCAGGAUGUGGUUGUCAAGAUCAUGGCGCUCCGAGACCAAAAUCCCAAGACGGCAAUCAACAUGACGCGUGUGCAGCGAGAGUGGAUCGGAAGCCAGUCCAAGGAGAGGCUGGAUGCUCACGAUAUCGCAAAUCGUCUGAUGCGCCGCGAGAACUACCUGAUCGCGUUGUUCAACAAGGAUAUACUCAACCUGGACAUUCCGCUGCCGUUCCUGAGGAACACACAGCUGCUGACCCGCACGCUGGAGUGGACGCUCUGGUUUGCCGUCCUGGACUUUGUCUUUGACGAACGCGGACAGGUGAACCAGGAGUUUCUCAAGGCCAGCCGCCGCAGCCAGCUCAGCCUGAAGCUGAAGUCGCGAUUUUUCUUCGCCGGGUUCAUGAAUCUGCUACUGGCUCCGUUCGUUGCCUGCUAUCUUGUCAUCAUAUACUUCCUGACCUAUUACAAUGAAUACCAAAAGAACCCAUCUGCACUGGGGGCUCGAGCCUAUACGCCGCUGGCGGAGUGGAAAUUCCGGGAGUUCAACGAGCUGGACCACCUGUUUGAAGAGCGGCUGAACAUGUCGUAUCCGUUUGCGACGCGCUAUCUCGAGCAGUUCCCGAAGAAGAAGACGGAGCAGGUGGCCAAAACGGUGGCAUUUAUUGCUGGAUCGGUGAUGACGGUCUUGGCCAUCGCCUCUCUGGUCGAUCCGGAGCUAUUCCUGGGGUUCGAGAUCACGCACGACCGGACGGUGCUGUUCUACGUUGGCAUAUUCGCGACCGUCUGGGCGACGGCUCGUGGGAUGAUCACGGAGGAGAACAGUGUUUUUGAUCCUGAAUAUGCGCUGCGCAACGUUAUCGAAUACACGCAUUACGAGCCGGACCACUGGAAGGGCCGUCUGCACAGCCACAGCGUGAAGAUGGAAUUCUCAGAGCUGUACCAGAAUAAGAUUAAGAUCUUCCUGGAGGAAAUUGUCAGCAUCCUCAUCACUCCACUGGUGCUAUUUGUGAGCCUGCCGAAGUGCAGCGACCAGAUCGUGGACUUUUUCCGAGAGUUUACGAUCCACGUCGACGGUCUGGGAUACGUCUGCUCCUUUGCAGUGUUUGACUUUAACAAGGACGUGAAUGGCGGCGGCGGCGGCGGUGCUGGUGGUGGCAAUUCGAAGCGCCCAAAGCAGCCAGAUUCUCUGGGUGCCGGCGCCGAUGUGCGCGACGACUACUACUCCACGAAGCAUGGCAAGAUGGCAGCUUCGUACUACGGCUUUCUCGACAACUACGUGAUCAACCCGAAGACGGGCAUUCCGGGACACCAUCCUCCAGUUGGAAGACACCAUCAUUCGCAGUUCCAUCCGCCUCCGGCCUUUCCCGGCCUGAACUCGCCGACGCUGGCGGCCGAUAUGCAGAGCUCCCGCAUGCGGAUGCGUGCAGGUGGUGGCGGUGGCGGUGGUGGUUCAGGCCCGUCGCAGUCCUUGCUACGGACACCUCGGUUUGGGCCAACGGUGGGAGGGCCACAGCCGUCGCCGAUGGCAUCGAUUUUGCUCGACCCGCACAACCAGCCGUCGGCAUCGACAUUUGCGAGCCGCAGUGUGCAUCGGCUGCGAACGCGUGGCGGCUACACCGGAGACGGCCGUACGAUUCAAGAGCCCGUGAUGGAGGGAGACGACGGAGAGGACGACGAUGGAAGUGAGCAACAGCAGCGUCUCCAGCAGCAGGAAGAAGAGCAGAGCGAGACGUUCCAGGGCGGUGCUGGCCUGGAGGAGUCAACAUGGCAGACAUCGCCGCCCAAGGGUCCUUCACGGGAGAGCAGUAGCGGCGUGGUGGAGGAGGAAGACGUGGGUGUGCUCGGUCUAAUGUAUCAGUUUCAACAGGCACACAUGAACCACAAGCCAGGUGGUGGACGAUAA